AUGGAAAAAUCUCUUCCAGAUAUCCUAGCAGCAUCCUUUGCCAAGAUACCUCAGCGAGACCAACCUAUUCACCCGAUCGAAAGAAAUUACAACGCCCGCUCAGAAUUACCAAGCGAUGUUUACGAUUACUUAGGUAACGUACCAUACUUACGAGGAUCAGAAGACUAUAUCAAACUACCCAAAGAACUAUUGGAGAAAUGGUUUGCACACACUCACCCGACCAGCAAAACUAGAAACAAAGAAAAUGUGGAUGCUACUGAAACGUCUGAAGAUGUAGGAAAAAAUCCAGCUGAUUCAAGCGGUGACGUUAAAAACUAUAACGAACCUAAUACGAAAGACGAUGAUGAUGUGAUAAAAAGCAUAAAAAGACCGCAGAUAAAUGAGAAUUUAAAUAAAAGAGGCAGCGAGUUGGCUGUUAAACAGAAACUUUUUGGACUUAUAAAAAAUGUGAAGAAUUCUAUUGAUACCAAAACGGCGCCGAUACAAAUCGUCCAUGACGCGUACAAAGCGAAUAGAUUAUACAAAAUUGGUUAUUUGGUCAGCAAUAUUAACAGGACACAGGAUAGCUUGACAGAGUUUUAUAAGCACAUUGAGAAGAAUGUACAUUCUUGGGACGUGUUGAAAACAUUGAAUGCUUAUGAUCAAGUUAAAACUGCCGAUGAGUUCCUGUCAAAAGCCCUUUACAUCCUCAAUUUUGUUGGUGCACCCAGCGCUAGGUACAAAAUGAACGACAUCAAACCUCGGGACGUUGGCACCCAGAUCACGCGUGAUUCGAAAGACGUACACUCCAGCCUAGCAUGGUCUUAUUAUGAUGAUACUUUAUAGUAUAGCGUGAUAUACUUAACGCCAUUAAAUA